UUCAUAUAUUAAUAAUAAUUAAAAAUAUUGUAUCGUGUAUAUGGAGUGUGAAAAAAAAUGUGUAUCACGUAAAGCGAUAAUUAAUCGCAAAUAUCAAGGUAAAUUGACUUUUUUAAAACGUGUUAAAGAUAAUUCCUAUCAUGUUAUGUAUGUUAUGUAUUUGGAAAAAAUGUUAAUUAGAUUAACACAACGAAAAGAGUACAUAAUAGUAUAAAUUAUGUCAUGUAUGUAUAUAUAUUGUAUAGAGUGUAACUAAAGUUACUAACAAAAUUUUACAGGCUACUAAUAUUUGCAUUAAAAGACUUAUUUGUUUAUUUAACAGAUAAUACAAUCACAAUAUAGUCUGCUGGUAAUUUUUUUCAUCGCUCUGUAUAUGUGGUAUAAUAAUACUUAAUAUAGGAAAUUGAAAUUUAUAUUCGUAAUAAAUAUACACAUGUUACUAUAAAUAUUGGUCUGUAUAUAUAACUGUGAUAUAUAUAAAGAUUAUUAUCAAACAUACAGUAAAUACAAUACUUUUGAUAUUAGUUACUUGAACAUUUAGAGUAUUAAUUUUUUAUACAAAUGAGAUAAUAAUUGUAUCUUAGAAUUAAUCUCAUUUUGUUAUUAACAAUAGUAAAUAAUAGUGAACAAAAACAAAAUUUAUAUUUUAUAGUUGUAUUCAUUGUAAAGAUAUAUAACUAAUUAUAUUAAAACUAAUAGUAAAUAUUAUUUCAUAAAUUCUUAAUAUAUAUAAAAUAUCAGUCGUGAAAAUAAUUAUAUAAAAGUAGUUUUUAUUGUAUUGAAACAAAUGUUAAACAAUUGCAUAACAUUUAAAACAAGUUUACUUUUUGUUUCCUUUUCUUUUUUUUAUGUGUCAUAUAUGAGACAAAUAUUUUGUAUUACGAAAAGCAAGAUAUUUUUCUAACAAUAUUACAAAAUAAUAAAAAUACUGCUUUAACAAUGUGUGAAAAAACGUACGAUGAGAAUAAUCUCGUGACUUCGUACGUAAAAUGGUCUACAAGAAGAAAAAAUGAGAACAAAUCCAUGCACAUAGGCUCACCAAAUUCCAUCAACGUGUUUUGCAGAUUCGGCAAUAUUUUUGCAAUAUGAGAUGUGGUGAAGAAGAAAGUGAAGAAAUAGAAGAAAUAAAGGCAACGUGCUCGAAAUGUAGUAACAACAAUAAGGAGAGCACUUAUAAUUUUUCACACAUACAAGAUUUAUGUCCUGCUGAUAGAAAACGAAUAUCAUUAUUAAUCAAACAUUUGGCAAAAUGUACUCGUGAAAUGCAUGAAGUUAAAUCUGAUUUAGCUGUGAGCGAAUCUGAAAAAAAAGCUUUACUGGAAGAAUAUCAAAUAUUUCUUAAUCGUCAUAACUGUGAAAAAAAGCAAUUAGAAUUUGAACUCUCCGAAGCUAAGACAAAAAGAACAAGUUUAAGGAUUCAAAUUAUACAAGCACUUGAAUUGUUAACAUGUCAAUUGCUGGCGCAAGAAAAACAAUUUAUGAAUCUAGUAGAAAAUGUAAGAGAUCUUUUAUGUGAAAAAGUAAUUAUCCAUGAGGUUCUUAGUCAAAAAGAGAUAGAGAGAAGUAAUCUUGUAGCAAAAAUUCAAAGAUUAAAAGAAUCUCUUAGAUUAGAGAAAUUAUUGCAUUCCAGAGAUCUUGCUCAAAAUCUUCUUAAAAAUAAAAUGAUCGAUAAAGCCUCUCAAACAACAGAUGAUCUCAAUUUGUAUACAAAAUGUGACAUCAGAAAAUAUAAUUUCAAUGCCACUAAUAUCGAACUGAAUCUUAAACAUUCUCAAGAUAUGAAAACUAAGAGUAAGAACGAUUUGGAAGAACUUACUAGCGAUGGAACACUGAUGCGUGAUCUAUUUUUUAGAGUACCAAACAUAGAGGAUAAUGAAAGUUUAUAUCUUAUGCCAACAUUGUCAAAAGAAUUUAAUCAGAUAAAGUCUUCCACUUCUUUUGUAUUCAAUUAAGUAUAUAUAACAACAGAAGAAAAAAAUAAUACAUAUAACAUUAAAUAUAUGGUUUAUAAAGGAUGUCUAAAAAAUGUAUGAAUAUAUAAGUAAAAAUAAAUCGUUUAAUACUUAAUACAUUGAA